GGAGCUGGGGUAUACGUUGCCGCAAAAGAGACAAAUGUUGUACGUACCUGGAAGUUUUAUCUUCGAUGCGUAGUCCUUACUAUUGAUGCGGCUUCUCGUGAUUUCUGCAUCCUAAACGCCAGAGCACGAGGAACUAAAUGAGUGGGAUCUGAUGAAAUGGUUCUCUCAGAUGCUCCACGACAAAGCAAGCGAGCUUAAUAAAGUGUAAUGGGAACUUUCCUCAUGGGUACUUGGGUUUCUCAGUUAAUUUAAUCUUUUUAAAAGUUUUCGUGGGCUACAUUAUCCGAUAACUUCUUUAAAACUGUGUAAGUACACAGAGAGACAAUCUGGCCGUUUUCUUCACUCUUGUUAGAACACCGGGAUAAUUUAAAGCGUUUCAUCGUAAGCAGUCAUGAAGUAUGGCCUUAUUUUGCCAAAGAAAACACAGCAGUUGCAACCAGUUUUGCAAAAACCGUCAGUGUUUGGAAAUGAUUCUGAUGAUGAUGAUGAGACUUCUGUGAGCGAAAGCCUUCAGAGGGAAGCUGCUAAGAAGCAGGCCAUGAAACAGACCAAACUGGAAAUCCAGAAGGCCCUUGCCCAAGACUCCACUGUGUAUGAAUAUGACAGUAUUUAUGAUGAAAUGCAGAAAAAAAAGGAGGAAAGUAAUCCCAAAUUGCUUUUGGGAAAAGAUCGAAAGCCCAAGUAUAUUCACAACCUACUAAAAGCUGUUGAGAUAAGAAAAAAGGAACAGGAAAAAAGAAUGGAAAAGAAAAUACAGAGAGAACGAGAAAUGGAAAAGGGAGAAUUUGAUGAUAAAGAGGCAUUUGUGACAUCUGCUUAUAAGAAAAAACUUCAAGAGAGAGCUGAAGAGGAAGAAAGAGAAAAGAGGGCUGCUGCUCUAGAAGCACGUUUGGAUGUAACCAAGCAGAAAGAUCUCAGUGGAUUUUACAGGCAUCUGUUAAAUCAAGCAGUUGGUGAAGAAGAAGUACCUAAAUGCAGCUUUCGUGAAGCCAGGUCUGUGAUAAAGGAAGAGAAAUCAAGGAGUUGCUCCAAUGAAGUAAGUUCAGAGGACAGAAUACCACAGGAGAAAUGUGUUUUCCGUACUGGUGUGAAAGUAGAGGAAAAUCUAGAUGCAGACAGUGACUUGGAUGCUAAGAGCAGUGAGGAUGACAAAAUGGAAGAAAAUAAAGUGAACUGCAGAAGGGAAAAGGCCAUGGAAACCUCUGAGAAUGAUGCCAAGCAUCAUAGGAAUCAAACCCACUCAAGGUCAUCUAGUGAAGAAAGAGGGCAUGGUGUCAAACACCACACAAAAAGUUCCAAGUCAAGUAGACAUGAGAAAAGAGAAGGUCAGCACCAAGAGAGUCAGUCAAGAGACCGAGAGAACUAUUACACUGACCAUGAUUACCGAAAAGAAAAGAAGAAUCCUCAUAGGCACAGAGAGGCCAGUCAUAGAGAUUUCCACUGGAAGAGGCAUGAACAAGAUAAACUGAGGGGAAGAGACCAAAGAGAAGGAAAUGACAGAGAAUGGAAAAGAGAGAAAGACAGGGAGAGAGAUUUCCCAAGAGAACAAGAAAGAGAUAGACAACAAAGUGAUCAUGAUCGACACAGUGAGAAAGGAGAAGAGAAGGAAGAGAAAAGCAAAGAAAAGGAAGAACAUGUGAAAGUAAGGAAGGAAAGAAAUGAAAAUAAUGAUAAAUAUAGAGAUAAGGAAAAACGAGAAGUAAGUGUUCAAUCUUCAGAAAGAAGUCAAGACAGAAAGGAAAGCAGCCCAAAUUCUAGGACAAAGGGUAGUUUUCUUGACCAAGAAAGAUCCAACAAAAUGAGCAACAUGGAAAAGGACAGGGAAAGAAACCAAGAGAAACCCUCUAGUUCUGAAACAUCACUGGGAACAAAACACAAACUCACAGAGGAAAGGCGAGAGAAGGUGAAAGAACAAGAGAGACCACCUGAGGCAGUGAGCAAGUUUGCGAAGCGGAACAAUGAAGAAACUGUAAUGUUUGCUAGAGACAGGUACUUGGCCAGGCAAAUGGCGCGGGUUAAUGCAAAGACCUAUAUUGAGAAAGAAGAUGAUUGAUGGCUGCCCAAUAGAAAGAUCUAUGGCAGCACGGAAAAUUGUAACUCCUGGACACUUCCAGUGUGAAAGCGUAAAGGAAAGGAGUGUGUUAACAGUGGUUGAGAGGAUAUUUUAAAAUAUAUUUUCAAAAUUCACUUUUGGCUUAGGUUGAAAUCAAAAGUAAGUCCUUUUUUCUUGAAUAAACAUAUAAUAUUUACUUAUCCGUACUACAUUUUUGGUGGUAUUAAAGAACUAAGAGUGUGCUAAAUUCCUGUAGAUAAUGAGGAAAAUUGACUCCACUACAACCGUUAAAAACUAAUUUAAAGAACUCUCCUAAUAUGUUGGUAUUGUUGCAGAAUCUGUUUUAUUUUAUAAAUGAUGUAUUUCAGGUAAAAAUAUGUUGAUUUGAACAAUAAAGUAGAGAGAGAAUAUUGUUAUACUUUAUGUCCUGAAAUUUCUGUUAAAGUGUAAAAUGUGGCUCAUGCAUCUUGUCUAAAUAACUUUAGCCUACAGCACACUUGGCUUAAAUGAAAGUAAAAAGUGAUAUGCUUGUACAUUUAAUUCAUGCAUGCUUUUAUUUUAUUUUAAAAGUAAUUUCACUUAUUUAUGUUACAAUUCUUUUUAGUAAAAAUUAAUCUGUAAUUGUGGAACCUUGGCAAGUUAGUAAAUUGGUUAUAUAUGUAAAUCAGUUUUCGCCACGGGUGAAAAGAUGGAGAUAUUUAGCUUAAGCGAAAUUAGCUAAAGUCAGGUGGCUUAUUUCUGAACAUGUCUUGUUUUAUAUUCUCUAAAAAAGAUAGUGCAGCAUUUUGUAAGUUCCACUUAUGUAUCAAAAUAAAACGAAAAUUUCUGUAGUAAGCCUUUGAAACUUUA